AUGAACGCAUGCGCAGUGACAGUCAGUGCGGACUUAGCCGUUUCAGCAAAAUCUCCGCCAUAACGUGGCCCAGUGAAACCCGUACAAAAUUUUGUACAAAUGGAUUCCGCAGGAGAUGAUUUUACUUCUACCGCCAUGGAGAAUCACGUAGAUAGUCCAGACAGCAGCAUACAAGUUGCUGAGAUGAAAGCCAAGCUGACGGAGAAUGGCGACAUGAGCAACCACAUUGACCAGAAAAACCAGAAUGGUCAUGCUCCAUCGAAGGAGAGCUCAUCUAAAGAUUCUAAGCAUCAUAGUUCUAGUUCAAAACACUCAUCACACCAUUCCUCUUCCAAACAUGGAAGCUCGUCCAGCUCAAAGCACCAUUCUAGCUCGAGCAGCAAACAUGGGAGUUCUCAUCAUUCCUCAAGUUCCAGCAAGCACCAUUCUAGCUCCUCUAGUAAGCACAGGGAUGGGAGCUCCUCAUCUAGUAAGCACAAGGAUGGCCAUCAUUCUAGCUCAUCAAGCAGCAAACAUAAAGACGGCUCUAGCUCCAGUAGUAGCAAACAUAAGGAUGGCCAUCACUCAAGUUCAAGUAGCCACAAGCAUAAAGAUGGUUCAAGCUCUAGUAGUAACAAACAUAAGGAUGGCCAUCACUCAAGCAGCAAGCAUAGCUCCAGUAGUCAUUCCAAGGACAAGCACAGCUCCACGAGCAGCAAGCACAAGGACCACUCGAGCAGCAAGAACGCGGAGAAGCCAAUUGUUGAGGGCGAGUCCUCCCCUCCUAAACAAGUUAAAGCAGAACCUGAGUCGCCCACUAAGAAAGAACCAGGUUCCCCUAGUAAAUCUCCGACAAAGACAUCCCCAGCUAAGCCUGUAAAGGAUGAGCCAGUGAGCGAUGAUGAUGUCCCAUUGUCUAAAAGGAUUGAGAAAACACCCAAAUCUGCACCAAAGAGGGCACAUGAAGAAUCUGAUGAUGAAGACGAACCUCUGUCAUCUAGGGUGAAGAAGGUGAAGAAAGAAAAGGAGGUAGAGAAACCGAUUAAAGUAGAAAAGCAGAUUGCUAAUAAGAGGAAAUCAGAUCCGGAUGAAUUUGAAGAUGAAAAACCACUGAAAAAGAAAAAGAAGGUGAAACAUCAGCCAAAGCAGUCCCCACAGAAGACUACACAGAGAGGGAAAAAGAAGCCAGAGGAAACCCAAGAAGUCUGGAGAUGGUGGGAGGAGGAGCGUCGUGACGACGGACAGAAGUGGAAUUUUCUAGAGCACAAGGGGCCAGUUUUUGCCCCUGACUAUGAGCCAUUGCCCAGUGACGUCAAAUUUUACUAUGAUGGUAAGGUAAUGCAUUUGAGUCCCGGGGCAGAAGAGGUGGCAACAUUUUACGCCAGAAUGUUGGACCAUGACUAUACAACAAGGGAUGUCUUCAACAAAAACUUCCUGAAGGACUGGAGAAAGAUGAUGACUGCAGAGGAGAGAGAGAAGAUCAAAGACCUGUCGAAAUGUAAUUUCAUAGAGAUUGACAAACACUUCAAAUUGAAAACUGAAGAAAGGAAAUCUAUGACAAAAGAGGAGAAACUGAAAAUCAAAAAUACAAAUGCAGAAAUUCAAGCAGAGUAUGGCUUUUGUACCAUGGAUGGUCACAAAGAAAAAAUCGGGAACUUCCGUAUUGAGCCUCCAGGUCUGUUCCGAGGACGUGGAGACCACCCCAAGCAGGGAAUGCUGAAGCGCAGGACAAUGCCACAUGAUGUCAUCAUCAACUGUUCUAAGACUGCUGUUAUUCCGGAACCUCCCAAAGGUCACAAGUGGAAAGAAGUUCGUCAUGACAACAAGGUGUCCUGGCUAGCCUGCUGGAACGAGAACGUACAAGGCCAGACCAAGUAUGUGAUGUUAAACGCAGCUUCACGACUCAAGGGUGAGAAGGAUUGGCAGAAAUAUGAGACUGCAAGGAAGCUGCACAAAUGUGUGGACAAGAUUCGCCACAACUAUAUGGAGGAUUGGAAGUCAAAGGAGAUGAGGAUUCGACAGAGGGCUGUUGCGAUGUACUUCAUUGACAAGCUUGCUUUGAGAGCUGGUAACGAGAAGGAGGAAGGUGAGACUGCGGAUACCGUUGGUUGCUGUUCGUUACGAGUGGAACAUCUCAAGGCUCAUGAGAAAUACGAGGAUCAGGAGAAUGUGGUCGAGUUUGACUUCCUCGGUAAAGAUUCCAUCCGUUAUUAUAACCGCAUGUCUGUAGAGAAGAGGGUAUUCAAGAAUCUGCAACUUUUUAUGGACAACAAACAACCAGGGGAUGACCUGUUUGACAGACUCAAUACCACCAUCUUGAACAAACAUUUACAUGACCUGAUGGACGGACUCACAGCCAAGGUGUUCCGUACCUUCAACGCCUCUCGCACACUUCAGGAGCAGCUCAACCUUUUGACAGAAGAGGAGGACCAAGUAACAGCCAAGCUACUUUCAUACAAUCGAGCCAACAGGGCUGUAGCUGUGCUUUGUAACCAUCAGCGUGCUGUACCAAAGAAUUUCAGCAAACAGAUGGAAAACCUGCAGAACAAGAUUGACGCAAAGAGGGACACGGUACGUGACAGCAAAAAGCAGCUAAAGACAGCCAAGUCUGAUUACAAGGCUGUCAAGUCAGAAAAGAACAGAAAGGUGUUGGAAUUAAAGAAAAAGGCAGUUGCUAGACUGGAAGAUCAGCUGGUCAAACUGGAGGUGCAAGCCACCGACAAGGAUGAGAAUAAAGAAAUUGCAUUAGGCACCUCCAAGUUGAAUUAUUUGGAUCCCAGAAUAUCCAUCGCAUGGUGCAAGAAGUGGGAAGUUCCGAUAGAAAAGAUCUACAACAAAACCCAGCGCGACAAAUUCAGAUGGGCCAUCGACAUGGCUGACGAGGAUUUCGUGUUUUAACGUUUCACCGCACCAUAGAACGCCAUUGUAAACCUAAAACAUUUUCAUUUGUUUGUUUUGAUGUCUGACGCAGAUUAUAUCGGGGUGAAAGGGAGAAGAUUGUAAGACUGUUUUAAGAUGUGAGAUGUAUGUGUACUCUGACCAGGCAUUUUAAUUUACCCUCCAUAGUCUACUUAUUUAUUAAAUCUUGAGGAUGUAUAACACACACUUAGACUUUUAUUUGGAGUCCAAUGAAAUUUAUUGCGUGUAUGAUAUUUGAUUUUUAUAGAAAACUGGUAUUGAUCUUUAAAUAAGCUGUACUCAAAUCUGAUUCUAAGAGCAUUUUAUUAAAAUUCACUUUCAGAUUUCAUUCAGAAUUAAUGACAUUUUUAUUCUUUUAAAGAGGAUGUUUAUUUUAAAAUGAUGUGUGUAUCAUAUGUUAACUGAAUUGAGUAUUGUGUAUAUAAAAUUAUAAUAUAAGUUUCUGUAUGUAUAAUAUACACUAUGUUUAUAAAAGUUUGUAAAAGAUACCACCUGCCUUGUAGCAGUUAAAUUAUCACAAACAUCGGAAUCUCUCGCCUGUCUCGGAGUGUAAAUCAAAUAUUAUUUUAUUAUCGAUCAUUGUGAAGUGAAAAUGAAUAACAGUUUAAUUGCGUUUUUAUUAAUUGUACCAGGGUUAUUGAAUCACCAAAUCAGAAUUUGAAUGUAAGACACUAAGUGAUCAUAAAUGGCAGUUAAGUAGCUUUCAGAUAUUGAUAUUGAUCUAGCAUUACUCAGGAAAGAUAUAUACUAAAAAUUAUCAGGAAUUAGGGGGACCUCAUUCCAAUUUAAAGACUCCUGAUCAUGUAAAAAACAUUUCCAAAGACAGAAAAAUAGUGCCGUUGACCGAGUUUAAUUUAUAAAAAAUAAUAUGUAGGGAAGUAUUGAUUGUAGACCGAACAUAUAUCGAAGAUGAUUCUGCUAAAAAAAAAUGUUGCCUCGGAUAUCAGUCUUGUUAAAUAUUGGAUGUGAUGAAUAAUUGUGAUGAAAUGUUGAAGAUCCAAUAUUUGAUAUAUGCAAGAAUGAAUUGAUUGUCAAAACUGACUUGAACAUUGAUACACCCGAUUGCACUUGUGAUGUGUGGAGAGAAACGUUAUUAAAUCAGACUCGCGCUCAACCUUCAUUAGCAUGCACUGUGAGAGCAUAGGCUGUUGUUGUCAUUGGUUUAUCAUGGUGAAAUGCUAUAAACUUGAUAUGAAAAGAAAGGCACAUGUGUGUACUUGAAUCUCCAAGUGUUCAGUGGAACAUGUACCUGUUCAGGCUUAAGAAGCGACAAGUGUAAUUUUAACAAUUCCAAACCAUGCACAAGUUAUCCAUUACUAUUAAAUAUAUUAAAUCCAUUAUUUUGGGGAUAACAUAUUGAAAAUCCAGUAUUUUUGGGAGGGGUGUUUGUAAAAUAAGUUUGAUUUUAUGUUUUCAUGCAAGAUUUCAUUAGUAACUUUCAGGAUGGAAUAAGUGACAAGGCUAAUACAUUGUAUAAAUCUUACGUGAUUUUUUUACAUAGCAAGUGAUAUUUUAUGAACUGAUCAAACCUAUUUUUCCCUGUAUUAAGCAAAGGUUGUCCAUUGUUUGGGGUAGGGAGUGAGGGGCAUUACUGGAGUUGGUUUAAUUAGUGUUCAUGCCAUCUAGUUAAGUGAAUGUACCGACAUAUCUCCAUGUUUGAACAGGUUUAUUUUUAUCAGUGUUUCAUUCAUACCUAAUGGUUAUAGUUAUCCCAUUCACCCCUAAAGUCACAUUUGAACCUUACCAAAUCAAAGACUGGGCAAGUCCAGUUAAAAUAUGUAGGGGUGAAUGUAUUAAUAAAAUUGAGUGUGACAUUGUCUCUGGUAAACGUGUAUGAUUGUUUUAUGACCAUAUAUAUAUGAUGAGAAACAUGGUUGUAAUAGGGUCGGUGUACAGUAUAAAGUAUGGUGGGGAUGGCCAAACUGUGUUACCAAUUAGCUGCAUUGUUACGGGCUUAAUGCUUCUGUUGCCUAUAUUAUGAAGACACACAAAGGUUUUAUGAUGUUAAAAAAAAUUGUUGAAAGUAAAUGGACCUAUUACACAAGUUGUUUUGAGUGGUGACAGCAUCUUUAAUGAUGCUCAUUUGUUACAUAUUUCUGUACAGCACUCCUUUUGUUUUACGUUUUUAUUGUAUGAAUUGUUCAUGGAGUUUUAAAUCAUGACAUACAUGUAACAGCAGAGAUUUGCCUAAUUGUUUCAUGGGUUUUGUUCGUCUGUCAAGGUUAUUUAUAUCACAAAGACUCUAAAUAUUAACGCAUUAUGCUGAAUUUUUAUCAACUUGAAUCAGAUGUUCUAAGCUUUAUUGAAAGGAGUCGAGGAGGAAGUUUUAGUAAUGUCUUCUUUUAGUAUUUACCAAAUCUUACCCUAUUGACAUGGCGAUGAGAUCUGGACUCAUCCACCAAGUUAGCGUCGGGACAGCCUGGAGAUCGUCGUCAUCACUUUUAAGUCCGGAACCUUUGGGACACUUGUUUUUUGUCACAACAUUUUACGUCUUAGUUGAGGUUUUAAUGUGAUACACACCCAGCACAUGAUAUAAGCUGGUGUUUCACUUGGACUAGUCCACGUAGCAUCCAUAGGUAAGAGCGGGGUGUUGGGGUCACAAAAGGUUUGGGGGGAGGGGGGGACAUACUCUAUUUUUCCUUCAUUAAUCAUGUUAAAAAAUAAAUGUGUGGAACUGGAUGAUUGUAAAUUCAUCAGUCUGAUUCUGCUAUGUACUGGCCAGCUAAAUAAACUUUUCAAGGAUAUUGAUGAAGUAUUUUUUGUCAUUCACAAUAGUUUUGUGUCUAUAUAUUUCCAUGUCUGUCUUCAUUUAAAGGUAAAUGUGUACAACUUUAUGUGAUCAUAUCACAUACAUGUUAUUUCUGCUGUAAUUAAAAAAAAAAAAUGUAGACUUUCCCAUUUCAUGUUUUUUUCGAAGUGUGUAGAGUUUUGAAGACUGGGCUUAAGCGUUGAAUUGACAGAAAAUAGGAGAAAUUUGUAACGCAACUAGAGCAUCAGGCAUGAGUUGAAGCUAAGAUGUUAUAUAGUCGCAUAGUAACAAUUAUUCUUUUUCCUUUUUUCAUUGUAAGCGCACAUGAUUUAAAAAAUGUAUAUCAUAUGUUUUCAGAAUUAAUCAUGUUAAAAAGUGUCUUCGACCUCUCUAUAUGUCACACAGGCUUUUUAUUUUUUUCCUCCACAUGAUGCAAUAAAUAUGUGAAAUGCAUAAUGAUGAACUGUUUCAAAUCAUGAACCAACUGUGUGUUAAUUAUCUCCCUUGGACUGUGAACAGAUAUUCUCAGGUUACUGCCCCUGCCGGAAACCCCUGUUGACCCUACGUAACAGACUUAACCGUCAGUGACCAAGCACAUGUUUUACACGUAGUUGUGAUAACGUGAAUAAAAUUACUUGAACUAUUA